CGUCACCGUUAAUGUCAAAUUCAAAGUCCAGCCCAUGCAGGUGAGUCCCUGUAAAACUGAGGUAAGUUUUAACUUUUCUAUGUGAGACGCUGGCCAAGCGGCAGUUAAAGGUCUACGCGCAGCCGUCAACAGCGACAGAAGGUCUUGGAUCAUGAAAACCUCCACCGAAGCUGUCAAGUCUGCAGCCAAAGAAUUUCUGCAGUUUGUCAACAAAGGAGCUUCUCCCUAUCAUGUGGUGGACGAGUGUCGGCGGCGUCUUUUGGCAGCGGGGUUUGUUGAACUGAAGGAAACGGAGCAAUGGGACAUCAAGCCAACUCACAAGUAUUUUGUGACCCGAAACUUCUCCAGCAUUAUUGCCUUCGCUGUUGGUGGUCUCUACCAUCCCGGUAAUGGCUUCUCCAUGAUCGGCGCCCACACUGACAGCCCUUGCCUGAGGGUGAAACCGCGCUCCCGCCGCAGCAAGCAGGGCUGUAUUCAGGUUGGCGUUGAAACUUACGGUGGUGGAAUCUGGGCCACCUGGUUUGACCGAGACCUAACCGUUGCUGGUAGAGUCAUUGUCAAAAAAGACGGUCGCCUCAUCCAACGUCUGGUUCACAUAUCUCGACCCAUCUUGAGGAUUCCCCAUCUUGCCAUUCAUCUUCAGAGGGAUGUCAAUGACUCAUUUGGACCCAACAAAGAGAACCACUUGGUUCCAAUCCUGGCCACAGUCGUCCAGGAAGAGCUGAACACAGGAGCUGCUUCUACUGGAGAGGCUUCAGCUGCUACGUGCACGGCUGAGAAACACCCGGCGGCUCUAGUGAAGCUUCUGUGCUCUGAGCUCGGCGUCCAACCUGAAGACCUGCUGGAUUUUGAACUUUGCCUGGCUGACACUCAACCAGCGGCACUGGGUGGAGUUUACGAAGAGUUCAUCUACUCGCCCCGUCUGGACAAUCUGCACAGCUGCUACUGCGCCCUGCAGGGACUGCUGGAAUCCUGCGCUGACGAGUCUCUGGCAAAAGAGCCCAACGUCCGCAUGAUCUCUCUCUACGAUAAUGAGGAGGUGGGGUCAGAGAGCGCUCAAGGGGCGCAGUCCAACCUGACGGAGCUCAUCCUCUCUCGCCUGUCCGCCUCCAGCGGUAGUCUCACUGCCUUCCAGCAGGCGGCGCCACGUUCCUUCAUGAUUAGCGCCGACAUGGCCCAUGCCGUUCACCCUAACUACCAGGACAAGCAUGAGGAGAAUCACCGACCAUUCUUCCACAAGGGUCCAGUGAUCAAGUUCAACAGUAAUCAACGCUACGCUACCACAGCGGUCACUGCCUCUGUGCUGCGCGAGGUCGCGCGGCAUGCUGAUGUUCCUCUGCAGGAUGUGUUGGUCCGAAAUGACAGCCCCUGCGGAACCACCAUUGGCCCGAUCCUAGCCGCCCGUCUGGGCAUCCCAGUGGUGGACGUGGGGUCUCCACAGCUCUCCAUGCACUCCAUCAGAGAAAUGUGCUGCACCUCUAGUGUGCUGCAGAGCAUCACUCUCUUCAAGAGCUUUUUCCAGAUGUUCCCAACAAUCCGGAAUGUUCUGGAAGUCGACUAAACCACAUCUGGAGAUGAUAGAAACAUGAAGACAAAUAAAAGUCAAAUAAAAAAUAAAUAAAAAUGUUUUAAA